CGCAGCGGCCAGCCGGCCUCGCGGGCGGAGCGGCUCCGUGGGCGCCCCCGGCAGCCUGUCCUCCCGGCCUGAGAGGCUUCUGUCACGUGUCAGUGCCCGAGGCCGAGACCGAGAGAAAAACGCGCUCCAUUCCUUCUUCCACCGCCAUACUGUAUUUUAUACCAAAUCUCAUUUUUAUUCCAACAUUUUACUCCCGCUCGGUGAGUACCUUCUCAGUGGCAUUCUUGUCCUAUUCUUUUUUUUUGUCCUUUUUUUUGUUUUUGUUUUUGUUUUUUUUCUUCUUCUUUUUUUUUUCCACUUCUUUGAUUAUUGUUUGUAUUUGGGAAAGCUGGAGGAGCAUGGUUUUGAGCCAUUUCCUGAAUCCAAGUUUUUCUAGCAUGCGAUGGUUCUGUAGACGAGGCGCUGUGUCCGGGAGUCCGUGGCGACCGUGCCCGCGGGAGCGACUCCCACCGAAAUAUGCAACUGGUUUUAUGGAAAAAGCGAUGUGAAGUAUGGUGCCUAUUUUUUUCCUUUGUAAAAUAUAAAAAGCAUGUUUCUAACUCCUUUUUGUUUUUGGCAUACUCUUUUUCUGAUAAGAUUUUUGGAUAGGUGGGAUUUUACGCAGUGUUUACAAGUUUGUGGUUUUGCGAUACUGGUACAAACCACUGAGCAAAGACAUUUAUUUUCUAAUUUUUUGGUGCCCUUUUUGGAGCCGGUGAGAACAAAUUCGUUUUUCUCCCUCCUGUUUUUUGAUACCCAUUGAUAACAUGAAACUUUUCUUGCAGCUGGUUACUGGGAUUAUUUUUAAGCAAAACACUUUUUUCUCCUUUAAAUUAACGAUGACUUUUGCACAUUUGACUUUUUAAAAAAAGAAACCGAGAUAAUUUUACGAUAGAUAUCCUGAUAUCUAUAUCUAUAUUAUCCCUUCUUCUUCCCCUUCCCUCCCCGUAAAUCAAUUUUCAAAUGUGAUGGCAAUGGAAGGUUUUUCUGGAAAAAAAAAAAUGAAGUGCGGUUUGGUUUCCUUGUCAACGGAGGAUGAAGUGAACAGCUGAGCAGCUUGCAGAGAGCAGGAUUAAAACAAGGUGACCCAAUCAUGACUGGAAAAACACAGACCAGCAACGUCACCAAUAAGAAUGACCCCAAGUCCAUCAACUCCCGCGUGUUCAUUGGCAAUCUAAACACAGCCAUUGUCAAGAAAGUUGACAUCGAAGCCAUCUUUUCAAAGUAUGGAAAAAUCGUCGGAUGCUCGGUUCACAAAGGUUACGCGUUUGUCCAGUACAUGAGUGAGCGACACGCACGUGCAGCAGUGGCCGGAGAAAAUGCCAGGGUUAUCGCAGGCCAGCCCCUCGAUAUCAACAUGGCCGGAGAACCCAAACCCUACAGACCAAAACCUGGAAAUAAGAGGCCCCUUUCUGCACUUUAUAGACUUGAGUCAAAGGAGCCUUUCCUGUCUGUUGGUGGUUACGUCUUUGACUAUGAUUACUACAGAGAUGAUUUCUACAAUCGGUUAUUCGAUUACCAUGGCCGCGUGCCUCCACCUCCCCGCGCAGUAAUCCCGCUGAAACGCCCCAGAGUGGCUGUCACCACGACUCGCCGGGGAAAAGGAGUGUUUUCCAUGAAAGGGGGAUCGAGACCAACCGUCAGUGGGUCUUCUUCAUCAGGCUCUAAAUUGAAAUCAGACGAGUUACAGACCAUCAAGAAGGAAUUAACCCAGAUCAAAACUAAAAUUGACUCCUUGCUAGGGCGCCUGGAGAAGAUUGAGAAGCAGCAGAAGGCCGAGGCAGAAGCUCAGAAGAAGCAGUUGGAGGAGAGUAUAGAGCUGAUCCAAGAUGAGUGUGUGUCAGAGAACGCAGAUCGCUCUACAGAGGACCUCACAGAAGGAGGGCCGGACGCGGACGGAGAGGAGAUGGCUGACGGGGUAGAGGCAGCCUUCACUGAAGAUGGGGGUCCUGAGCUGUUUCUACAGAUAAAGUGAUCUGAAGUAACGAGUGAUGCCAGCAAGGCAGAAAAGAGAAACUGUCACAACCCCCAGAAAUACGAAAGGAGGUUUCGUACCAGAUAGCAACAGCUCUGGUUCAACUUCUAUAAAAACCCAAAUAAAUGGACAAUAUUGUUCAAUUUUAGAAAUUCCAUUUCUUCUAUGUUCUAAGCUGUAUAACUGUCAGAUUUUUAUGGUUUAAAUUGUAAAUGUGUUUUUCCCUUUGCUAAUUAUGUUUUAGUUUUUGGUUUGUUUGUUUUUUUGUCUUAAAAGUCUUAAAAUGUGAAGAAUAUUUAUGAAUGGUAAGGGAGACACUGUAUACAAAUGUAUAUUUGUAAAAGCUAUUUUUAUGAUUAGCAUGUUUUACCAUUGAUCAUAUAUAAAGUCAGGUGAUAUUGCAAUUCUAUGUUUAAAGCUUAUUUCCAAAAACGUCAUGUAAGAAAAGAUACAUCAUAGGCUAGUUUUUGUAAUUUAUUUAUAAUUUAUAGUUGAAAGUACUUCAGAUCAUAAGGAUAAAAUACUUGAAAAGGUUAUAUUUCUGCCCUCUAUAAGCACCAUUUUUAUUAAUAUAGAAAGCAAAUAUUCCAGAUGGGAUUAAGUAGAUAAAGGACUGUUGGUUUGACCUGUGGUUAAAUUCAGCAUUUUCUACUCUAUAGAACUGAAGUGACCCAAUUAUUACUUCAGCCCGGUGGGAGUUGGACAGGUUUUAGUGCCGGUACAGGUGAGAACGAGAGUUGCAGGGAAACGAUUGUCUUGUCUUUGGAUCCAGAAGUUUGAAUUCGUGCGUACUCCCCUUCAUUUCAUCUCCUAGGAAUUCUCCAUUCCCAAACAUUGCAAGUGUUCUCCAGAAGCUCUUAGCUGUUGUCUUGUGCUAUGGAAAUGGAAGACACCAUCUUCACAGACUGUAGGAGAAUUCAGCCUAUAAUUUCUUAAUAAAUUCUGUUUCUUUUAAAACAAAA